CGCAACAGGUAUAUAUCCGACAACAGUCAGUCAGAGUUAGUGAGUGAGCAGCUCACCUCGUUCCACCAUCUCUGAGUGUCUGAGCUCAGGAAAUCUCAACUAUGCCGUUUCGCUUUCCUUUUGGCUCGAAGAAGAAGCGAAAGGCGCGGAGCAAGGCGCCUUUAUGUGCUCAAGGCGACAUGAACGGCUAUGCGUCCCGAGGAGGUGGGACCCCUGAGUGGGAGUCGAGCACCAACCCGGAAGAUCGUAGACUUGAUAAUGGAAUCGGUGGUUCUCUUACACACGAUUUCAGCUACGUGACGUCUCCGACCGAUGGCCCCAGGCAACUGCCGUCUGGACCGUAUACGGAUACUAGUGGCAGAUUUGCUGAACAGAACGGCGCAGGAUGCGGUAUUCCCUGUGGUGGCUAUGGUGGUGGUGGUGGAUAUGGAACGCCUGUACCUGAUGUACCUGAUGAAGAGGCGGUGAGACGAGGAAGGGAGGAACUACAGCGGCUUGUCUGUGCGCGAUCCGAAAAUUCAGACACGUCUAUUGAAACUACGGAGUCGAGACGUGAGCUCGACCACCAAGAAGAUCCGUUGCUGUUGUAUAAACGUCUUCCCGGCUUUCAAACCAUUCGUGUUGUAAAAUGUCUCAACGGAAAGUUUGGCUUUAACCUGAAAGUCGAGAACUUCAAACAAGAGAAGGUUUCACUGCCAAUCGUGUCUGACAUAGAGCCAACUGCAAGGUUUGUACGACCCACAGAAACCUUACAGUGUGGUGAUGUUUUGUUGGCUGCUAACAAUCACGUCAUUGUUGGUCUUCCUAAACGUGCAGUCGAACAAGCAUUGAGGCAAGUGGAAUGCAGUGAAGUUGAUUUGUCCAUCAUUAGAGCGCCCGGUGCUUGGCAUGAUUUAUGUCUGCUUGUACGACGCGGGUGGGCUAUGGAACAUGGGAAUAACACAAGCGGCCUACAGAUCGCUGUAACUGUACCACGUGAAUGGGAUUUGCCAGAUGACGAUGGUGGUGAUGAUGAGGACCCAAUACCUGGAUCUCCACCUCAUGUGCCAUCACCCCUUCAGUCUGGCAUUGAACAGCCGUGUGAGCCAGAUGUAACCAUUUCUACCGAACUUCCCUCUGAUUGUACACCUGUGGAAGCUCCAGCCAGCUUCGAUAUAACCGACGAGGAAUUACAUCGAAUGGACAAGAUACAACUGACUUACUUGAAGCCGCAGCACAUCGAAAAGUUUGGUCUAUUAUUUGAUGCUAAUGAAUGGGACUGGAAAGUGAUUGCCGGAGAAGGUGGCUUAUCAGUCGAGGAAAUUAAUGUUGUCAAGCCGAGAGCGACUAAUGGGAGAUGUACUGAGUAUGUGUUGAACCAGCUGAUUCAAAGACGAUCGAUGAGUUUAGGAAAGUUGUGCAGAGUCGUUCGUGAGAGGAAACGAAUGGAUUUCAUUGCGUAUGUGAAAGUGAAUGUACUGAAAGAUUUGCUAGAGAUGGAGAGAUUAGAAGCUGAAGAAUUACGAAAACUAAGAUCACCUUCACCUUUGGACACGUCCAACUUAUCUCUAACGACUGAUGGAUCCCGUGAUGAAUUCUCAGACACACCCAUAGAUCUCUCUGGCCCUUCAUCUGUACCUAUUGUCAGCCAGCUGGCACCUCAUCGACAAGUUCCGUUGCAGCAUGAAGUUCCAAGAGGCUCGCCUUCCAAAUUUUUUAAGCGUAAAACAAAGGCACAAGGAAAGAAGCUUUGCCGUGUCUGCUUGUUAUGUCAUGAUGAGUACGUGUACAUCAGUUAUGCGCUUGACAUGACGAGAUAUGUGGAUACCAUUGUCGCGUGGCUCCACACAAAUGGCAUGGCUGUACAUUAUGAUCAGAUGGAUGAACCAGGAAGGGCAGCAAAGAAUGCACCAGUUUGGAAGACAGAGCAGCUCGAUAGAGCGAAGUUCAUUCUUGUCCUGUGCUCUCCGGGGUACAUUGAGCAGAUAAGAAAUGGAGUUGCCGACAAUCGAACGGGAGCUUGUCAACCUGGUUGUGGUGUUUUCUUCGAUAUCAACUACAUAGCCAGUGACAUAUUUCAAAAGGGUGGAAACUACCGAUGUAUUCCAGUUCUUGUGAACGGUUUCAGACAGGACUGUGUCCCAUCCUACUUGCACAACACACACGUUUAUCGAUAUCCCGAUCAGGAGGCGAGCAUCUGGAGGAGGCUAACGAACACGAGGGAAUUUGUGCUGCCACCUCUUGGUCCGAUGCGAGUUAUAAAACCAAGGAAAGAGUGGUGACUUACGACUGUCUGGAUUUCUCAUUACUCACAUGCUGUGUGUACCAACACGUAGAUGUGUAGAGACAUUAGUUAGUUAGCUGAUGGGUACUUAGAGAUGCUGUAAUUGCUGCCGGCCAGGACAUGUAGCAUAGACGCUGAUGUCAUGUGUAUUGUCUCUCGUUUUGAAGUCGUUUUGUAUGUGUCAUUUUACUAACAAACACGACAUCGCUAAAGACCUCUUCUUUAGGACAUGAAA